UUGUAAAAAGCAUGUUUUAUAUUUUAAAACAUUAAUUGUAAAUUUAUAUAGCUUAUUAAUUAUUUUUGACUAAUAGAAGCGUUAGAAAUUAUUUUCGUUAUUAAUCUAAUUAAAAUGUAGUGUCAUGCUUAGGGUAUGAGCCUAAAAUGGAGUUUAAGAAGUAUAAAAAUAUGGAGCCUGUGGCAGCGUUCCAGAGUGGAGACAGAAAUAGCACAAAGCAGAUCUUUGUGUGGGUCUGUCAAACCAGUCAGUGUUGUUGCACCAUGCGAAGAGGAGUGUCGUCAGUGCGCGGCUCUGUGAGGAGUCGUGGCUCGUCCACUUCCACCACGGCAAGCGACCCUCGGGAGAAGCUGCAAGACUGUUGUCGCAAACUGGUGGCAUUCAUGUGCACACAGGUCGGAGUGGGUGGUCUCAUUGUCUGUUAUGCAGUUAUUGGAGCUGUCAGUUUCAUGCAUAUUGAGGGAACUAAAGAGGCUCCUGAGGCGGAGAAGGUCAACAUGUACAGGAAUACUUGUGCCCUGGAACUCUGGCAACUGACUACAGACGAGAACAUUUUUAAUGCCAGCUCAUGGAGUAUUCGAGCAGACAUGGUGGUGCAGAUUUUCCAGAAUAAUGUGACUGCAGCAAUUAAAAAAGGUUAUGAUACACGGAGAGCGGAAGAAAGAUGGUCUUUUCCAGCGGCAUUGAUGUUUUCUCUAUCGAUCUUCACGAUGUUAGGAUAUGGUAAUAUGGUCCCUCGAACGAGCUGGGGGAAGUUGGUAACUGUCAUAUAUGCCGUGUUUGGUAUUCCAUUGUACGCCUUGUACUUUAUGAACAUGGGUAAAGUGUUGGCUCAAGUGUUUCGAUGGGUGUACACCAAAGUUUAUAUUUACAGUGUGGAAGAUCGGCAGAAGCGGAUUGAAGGUGAUUUAGGGCAAGCGAACCCGAGAAUUGUUGUACCGUCUACAGCCUGUCUCUGGGUCAUGGGUGCUUACAUUGCGACUGGGUCUAUGAUGUUUAAGGCUUGGGAAAACUGGACAUACCUCGACAGUACAUACUUCUGUGUUACUAGCUUGUGUAAAAUCGGCUUUGGAGAUUUUGUGCCUGGAGCAAACAUACUAGAAUCUAAGAGUGGGAAUCAAACCAAACUGGUCAUAAAUUUUGUGUACAUUCUUCUCGGAAUGGGGCUUAUGGCGAUGUGCUACAAUCUGAUGAGAGAACUGGUGCGAGUUAAAAUGAGAGAUUUUAAGGAAAAUAUUGGAAUUUGUUUUGAAGUUAUUAGGCUUAGAGCGAUCGCCUGCUAUAGAAGACGAAGAUCUUUGGAUUGA